CCAGCCCAGCCUUUCCUCUAAUCCUCUCCCCUAAAUAAUCCCGCCGUACCGCUCUGCAUGGCCGCCGCCACACUCCGCUCCGCCCUCCUCUCCUCCUCCUGCGCCCUCCGCCGCCUCUCCUCCGCCGCGCCGCGCGCCCCCCGCCUCGCCCAGCCCAAGGGGUUCGCCGGGGCUCGCCGGUCCUACCCGGCCGCGUUCGCCGCCAUGUCGACGUCGUCGGGGGCCAAGGAGGCGCCGGCCAACAACCCGGGCCUGCAGGCCGAGGCCGACCCAGCCACCAAGGGCUACAUCAUGCAGCAGACUAUGUUCCGCGUGAAGGACCCAAAAGUGAGCCUUGACUUCUACUCCCGUGUGAUGGGCAUGUCGUUGCUGAAAAGGUUGGAUUUUCCUGAGAUGAAAUUCAGUUUGUAUUUUCUUGGUUACGAGGACUUGUCUGCAGCCCCCGCUGAUCCUGUCCAGCGGACUGGAUGGACUUUUGGGCAAAAGGCUACGAUCGAGCUCACUCACAACUGGGGCACAGAAAGUGAUCCUGAAUUCAAAGGGUACCAUAAUGGGAACUCAGACCCUCGUGGGUUCGGCCAUAUAGGGGUAACUGUGGAUGAUGUCUACAAGGCAUGCGAGCGUUUCGAAAGUCUUGGGGUAGAGUUUGUGAAGAAACCAGAUGAUGGGAAAAUGAAAGGCAUCGCAUUCAUCAAGGAUCCUGAUGGUUACUGGAUUGAAAUAUUUGACCUGAAGAGAAUCGGGGAGGUGACUGCUGCGGCAUCAUGAUGAAGUGUUGAAACUCCAAUGCCGGUAAAAUGGCUUCGCGCCUUCAGAAAUGAUAUGAACUCAGUUAUACGGACCAUGCUUACAUUCUUGCACCGCUAGUUACAGCGUCAUGAGCAAAGAUAUCAUGUGACCGAUGUUUGAGCAUAGAUCUGGCGUUGUAACCAUUCAGUAAUGUAAGCUGCAGGUUGGACAUUUCGGCAUAAAUAAAUUAGGGGGCAGACUGUUCGUCUGGCGACUGGAAUUUAUUAAAAGUUUCAGUCACGUCCACCCCCGUUUCAGACUAA